AUCCGGUUUUGAAACUUCUGUUAUCAGCUGUUGUCGCGGAAAGUCUUUCGAUUCCCCUCUGUCUUCUCUCUCUCUGGCUCGGUCUCUCUCUCUCUCUACCUUCCUCCUCUCUCUCUCGCUCUCUGUCAUUCUCUCUCCCCCUCUUUUUAUCUAUCUCUCUGAGUUUCAGGGUUUCAGAAAGACACGGACCUCGAUCUUCGCCUCUAAAUUUUAUGGGUUUAUAAUAAAAUAUUCUUUUUUUGGUUGUGGUCCGAAGUUAAAGAGAGGUAUAAAUCAAAUAACAAGGAAAUGCCGGCGUUUCACCACGCCGGGUCUGUUGUCUUGGUUUUAUUCGCCGUGUUCUUGCCGGCGGCGGUGGUGUACAGUAGUUUACCGACUACUCUCACGCUGGAAAGAGCUUUUCCGGUGAACAAGAGGGUUGAGCUGAGUGAACUCAUAGCUCGGGACAGGGUAAGGCACCGUCGAAUCUUGCAGGGGAUCGUUGAUUUUCCCGUCGAGGGUACCUACAAUCCUUACACCGUCGGGUUGUAUUUUACAAGAGUGAAAUUGGGAACUCCUCCAAAAGAAUUCUUUGUUCAGAUUGAUACCGGAAGUGAUGUCUUGUGGGUUACUUGCAAUCCUUGCAAUGGUUGUCCUAAAGAAAGCGGUCUAAAUAUAGCUCUGAAUUUUUUUGACCCCAGCGCCUCGUCCACCGCUUCUCUAGUAUCCUGUUCAGAUAAAAUAUGUAAUUUGGCACUUCAAACUGCAGAUGGUGGCUGCAGUUCUCAGAAUUCUCAGUGCAGUUACACGUUCCAGUAUGGUGACGGUAGUGGGACAACGGGUUAUUAUGUAUCAGACAUGUUGUCUUUGGAGGCAGUCCUCGGAAACUCGUUGGUCGCAAACUCUUCGGCUCCCAUCAUUUUUGGAUGUAGCAACUAUCAGUCCGGAGACUUGACCAAGCCAGAUAGAGCAGUUGAUGGAAUUUUUGGGUUUGGGCAGCAUGAUCUGUCUGUCAUUUCGCAGCUGUCAUCACGAGGAAUCACACCAAAAAUUUUCUCGCAUUGCUUGAUAGGAGCAAAUAGUGGUGGGGGUGUAUUGGUUUUUGGCGAGAUUGUGGAGCCAAAUAUCGUCUAUAGUCCGCUUGUUCCAAAUCAGCCUCAUUACAAUUUGAAUCUGCAGAGUAUUGCUGUCAAUGGACAAAUUUUGCCCAUUGACCCAGCAGUGUUUGCAACAUCAAGCAACAGAGGGACCAUAAUUGAUUCUGGAACAACUUUGGCGUACCUUGCUGCAGAAGCAUAUGAUCCUUUUGUCAGUGCUAUAAGUAGUUUUAUUUCACAAUCUACACAUUUAGUUUUUUCAAAAGAAAAUCAAUGCUAUCUAAUCUCCAGCAGUGUAGAUGAGAUAUUUCCAACGGUCAGUUUAAACUUUGCGGGUAGUGCAUCUAUGAUCUUAAGUCCUGUUGAAUACCUUAUAAAAGAGGGUGGUGUUGAUGGAGCAGAAUUCUGGUGCAUUGGCUUUCAGAGGGUUCAAGACCCAGGGAUGACAAUUUUAGGAGACCUUGUUCUAAGAGAUAAGAUCUUUGUUUAUGAUCUGGUUAAUCAACAAAUUGGAUGGGCUAAUUAUGAUUGUUCACUGUCUGUGAAUGUUUCCACAAUUUCUGGCAAAGAUCAAUUUGUGAACACAGGACAGCUUAGUGUGAGCAGUUCUUCACAGACUAUUCCAUACAAAUUGUUAUCAACCAGUACUGUGGCUUUUCUUGUGUAUAUUUAUAUAUUUGAUUUGUUUAUGUUUUUGUAACCCAGAACACACAAAUUAGGAAUUCCAUUCUUUAUUUAAUAUAUAUCAUCUGGUCCGAUUUUUUGUCCGUCAA